AUGACUCACCCGUACGAGCUGAUCAAGACGCGGCAGCAGGCGGGCGCGCCGCGAGCGCUGGCGCACCGGAUGAGCACCGGCCGCUACCUCGUACACCUGGCCGAGAGCGGCGGGCUGCGCGAGCUCUACCGCGGCUUCGGCUGGUCCGUGCUCGGCGGCGUCCCUUCCGAGGUCGUCUACUACGUUGGCUACACCGAGACGAAGCGUGCGCUGCUCGGCACCGCCGCCGGCGCCGCCUCGCCCUCCUCCGUCUACCUCGCGGCGGGCGCUUUUGCAGACGCCCUCUCCGUCCUCGUCUCGGUGCCGGCCGACGUCAUCUCGCAGCGGCUUCAGCUCCAGGGCGCCGACGCGAGAGUAGGCGGGCUCGAGAUCGCAGCCUCGAUCGUGCGGCAGGAGGGGCCGCUUGGCUUGUGGCGAGGGACGGGGGCGACGCUCGCGUACUACGGCCCCAACUCUGCUGUCUGGUGGCUGACGCACGAGCACGCCAAGGGGGCGCUCGCGGAGCGGCUGGACGGCCUUAGCGCAGGGGAAUGCGCGGCGGGCGGCGCGGCGGGCGGCGCGGAGGGCGGCGCGGAGGGCGAGCCGUCGAGCGCGGUGCUAGCGAUGAGCGGCGCUCUCGCGGGCGCAACCUCGACCGUGGCCACCAACCCGCUCGACCUGAUCAAGACGCGCCUUCAGACGUCGACGCGGCCGACGAGCGUGGGACCGGUCCUCGCCGCGGUGUGGAAGGAGGCGCGCUGGAGAGGGUUGUACGCCGGCCUCGUGCCGCGCCUCUUCUCGGCCAUCCCGCGCUCCAUCUGCACCGUGCUCGCCUACGAGCGGGCCGUCGAGUUUUGUAGGAAGUAG